GGCCAGUUCUCAUUUUUCCAGUGUACCAUGAGCAGCGGCCGGCUUUUGGUGGCUGAAAGCAAGCAAGUGCGACCUCCAUGGUGGAGGUGUGCGCUACUGUGGGUCGCGUCAGGCUUUGCUUGGGUGGUGUCGAUCCCGCUGCUUUUGUUCACGUUGGGUGGAUCUAUGCAACCCCACAUGGGAUGGGCCACUGGCAUUGGCGCGGCGUGUGGCAUGUUCUCGAUUUUGGUCCAGGUUGACCAGAGGCUGGCAGCCUUCGCCGUUUUCCUUGCAUCAAGCGCCGAGGUGUCCUUCUCAUCUGCCCUGGCGGCACAACAGUUGAUGACCUUUGUCUUGGCCGCAGCCGCAUGCCAAGGGCCAAAGGUUGCCAAACCGUUAAAAAAUGAUGAAGAGUGUUAUGUAUAGACCCCAAAAAUAUAGGUAAAAGUAGAUCCCCACUAAAGAUGUAUUGGAAACCGUUUCUGUCUAUUUGGGGGCCACUAUAGGCUGAAUACGUCAAAAUCUACUGCUUGCGGCAAAUCAAAGCAAGGUGGCAACGUGUUUGACCACGUUAAAUGCCAAGCGGCGUGUGUGCAAUCCCAGUGAGCAGUUCCUGGACUUUCAGUAUGGCCACUACUCCGGCUACCACAAACGCAGCGAGCUGAAUGGAGCUCUGGAAGACAUCCACCCGAGCAGAAGUUUUUUCGCUUGCCAUCCUCAUGGUGUCCUUUCAAUCGGGUGGAUUUCCAACGUGUGUUGGGGGCGAAAAUUUCAUCAGGUGGCCGGCCGGUGUUUCUGCUUGAUUGACCCAACACUCAGGAACAAAGGUCUUUUGGCAAAGUUUUUUCUGGACGCCUACGAAGGUCCGCAUGGCGGCUUCCGAGACACGCGCAGCCACACUAUGCAAGAACUUAUGGAGCGUGGCAGCUCUGUGGCCAUGAUACCCGGAGCCUAUCAAGAAGCCACGGCCUUCACCUACGGCCGGGAGCGUGUGGCUUUGGCGCGACGCAAAGGUUUUGUGAAGUACUGCCUGCAAUAUGGGUAUCGGUUGCAUCCGGUGUACACCUUCGGCGAGAGCGAGACGUACUACACAGCUUGUGGCUUUGAGUGGUUUCGUUUAUGGCUCAAUCGUAAAGGAAUCCCGACCGUCGCCUUUCGGGGCUUGCCGUGGUGCCCCUUACUGCCCCGAAGCGACGUCGAGAUGUUGACAUUCGUGGGUCCAGCGUUGGAGCUGCCACAGAUCUCCCAUCCAUCGCCACAAGAGGUGGAUGAAUGGCACGCAAGGUACAUUGAUGCCUUGGUAGCUCUUUUCGACAAGCACAAGGCAGAGGCAGGGAAACCUGCAGCAGUGCUUGAGAUUGUCUGAGCCACUCCGUGCUUCACGGUUUCAUUUUCCCAUGUGGCAGACAAGGUCUUCUCGAAGUUCGGACGUUUCAAUUUUGAUGCGGGAAGUUCUUCGAAUUUCCAAAGUUCUUCUUGACUUGCCUAGCGAGUCACUGCAUGUCGAAUCCAAAUACACCACAGUUGCCACUGCAUUGGC